CUAAAAAACCUGCUGUAAUAGAGAUUGCUGUAGAGACUGAUCAUCCCUGGAAAGGAAAUCCAAUCCGGGUUUUCCCGCCGCCUCACACCGACGUCCAUUAAAUAUCCUGAAGUUGACUGGAGAGUGUAGAUCGAGUCUGUCUGAGGGCUGCCGUCAGUGGAUUGACAUAAGAAGAUUUGCCUUUUAUCAGGUGCUUUUGUCUGACAGUGGCAGCAUGUGAGUCUAUCAGUUCAAUGCUACAUUAUGAAGACGCUGUUCACUCGUGUCUAGGGAAGAUCCAUCGAAGAGAAAUGCUGAAAGAUCUGUCGUGUCGUACAGGCGGGGAAUAUUAUUAGCCCUUCAGACAGUGCAUCUGUCUCUCCGGUAACCAUAUGUACAUAAAUCAACAUUGAUUUUACUUCAAACAGGGAGCAUUACAUGAAAAGUAUAGUUUCUCAGACGGCCUCAAUACUGUUUCUCAUGCCGGCUAUCCCAAACCCCUCCGCCCUCACCCUCACUUGCUUCAGCUAUGCCUCGUACUGCCAAAGUACCCAAGAAGUCAACUCGUGCAUCCAGAAAGCGAAAUGUUAAGAGGGUGAAGCCUUCCAAGACUACGAGGCAAACAAUCAACUCACUGAAAGCCAGUGGUGAGAUCAAGAAGGGCAUAGACAAGAAACAGGCAGCCAAGAGGGCCCAGAGGACUAUUGUCAGCAAGCCUAACAAGAAGACUGUUGAGGAUGUUCUACCUGUUAAAAUAUCCAGACACACGACUAGUUCUUUGAACCAAAAUGGCUUAUUGUUGGAAUGUAACGGGAAAGGGAAGUCACCUAGAAAGAGUGUCUCAUGUCCGAGCAUCCAAAGGGGUGUUCAGGAUGUUCAGAAAAAGGGAGCUCAGGAGAUCAGGGAACAGGAGACUGAUACUAAAAGGUCAAAAGUGCAUGAUCCCAAUGGUGAUACUGGGCAACAAAAAGGUGCUGAAAUUCCCACUGGAGAGGGACAGAGCAUCAACAUAAGCUCUAAAGAAUCUGUGGAGGAGCACAGAGAGACUGUUGUUAAUGACACUUUAGGGGCAGAGAAGAGGAAGGUAAAAGUGAACACAGAAACUGUACAAAAUGAAAGCUAUUCUGCUGUUGUUGAGCAGCCAAACACAGUGUUUGUUGAGCAGCAUGACCCUCUGAGGCACAGCCCUGUCAAUAAUGUGGACUUUGCCUACAACAGUAAUACCUCAGGCCCACCGACUCCCCCCCCUUCAGAUCAGGUUGAGGCCAUUCAACACACACUUCCACCAGUGGACUUACUAGACAUUUCUCUUCAGACCACUCCAGGAAACUCUACAGAAGAAGGUGUGACUGCCGAAUCUCAAGUUUGUCAAUCAUCCAAUGACUCACCAGCACUUGUAAACAUUGCAGAUGCUCCUGAGUUACAAAGCACUGCUGAUGUGGACACCAAAGAUGAAUGUGAGGAUGCUGAAAUGUCGAUGAAGAAAGAAGGAGCGCUUUCUCUCCUCUCGCUGAGCACAGCCAUUUACAACAGCACUCUUUGUGAGAUGGGUCAUGAGCCUCAGGCAACGGCGUUGCUCUCCAGCAGCACAGAAAGCACUCAUUCCUCAUUUGACAGCGAGUCAGAGUUAGUUCUGGAGCACAGGACUUCAGGAAAGUCUAUUCCUCAAGUUGAGGAUAUUCAGCUUCGUUUACUUCAGGUUCAACAGAGAAGGGAACGGAACAAGAGAAGUCACUGUGGUGUUUGCGCACCCUGUCAAUGCAAGAUCAACUGUGGGGAAUGCAGGAUUUGCCUAAACCGAAAAACAGGCCAUCAGAUCUGUAGGCUGCGGAAGUGUAUUGAGCUGAGGAAAAAGACCCUGAUGAUCUGUACAGGAAAGGUUGAGUCAGAGGCAAACUCAGUAAAUGGCACAAGCUCAGAGCAGAUGGAGGAGACCUGUGCGGCACCAGAGGAAGAGGCGCAUUACAUACCCUUAACACACAAUGUUCCACCUGAUAUUCCCACGCCUCUCCAGCAUGGCUUGCUACCAGAACUUCCUGGAAAGGAUCCCGGGACUACUAAUGUACUUCUCCCUCACAGUGUCUCUCCAACCUCUCAUAAUGGUGCUGAACACAUAAAAUCAAAUGCCCAGAGACACGUGGAUCCCACCGAGCCACCUGUCAAUUUCCAUAGCUCCACCAUUAACAAUAGGCAUGAACCUGAGGCCGUUCAAGAACAGAUGGUUCCUCUGAAGAGGAUCAAACUGGAGGAGCAGCAGCUUGAGAUUGAUGACCAGCACUCCAAACACUUAGAGACUAAUGGGUGCUAUGAGGAUGCUUUAUCUACUCUAGCAGCUGUGGUCUGCUUCUCCAGUACGGAUAGGAAAAGUCUUGAGGAGAAGCUUUUUGGUCCUCAGGCCUCAGAUGUGUGUUUGAAAACUGAGCCAAAAGAAGAACCAUAUCAGUGUCAGUUGAAUCAAACAGACCCUCCCCAAAAUGAUUACAUUGCACUAUCCUUACCCACUGUCCAGUCUCUGGUUCAACAUAGGAAUAUAAGUGUUGAUCAGGCUAUAGCUAUUGAGGCCUUGACCCAACUGGCAGCUACCCCACAAACAGUGCCCUUUAAAACAGAAAACCAGAUUCAGGACGCCCAGCAAGAAACGUCUACAUACUCUGCUUCAAGCAACCACAUACCUCUUCAGGAGGCCAAACCAGCUUCAGAUGUUGUCUCCAACAAGGUCUCGGUAAUCAGUUCAUCAUUGCACCAGACUUCUGUCAUCCGCAGCCAUCUGAACAGGCCUACCAACUUUACCCAAAGUCAGCGUUGUGCACCUCCUCCCAGAAAACUAUCCUUGAAGGACCUUCUGAUGGCCAGCUCAGAAUGUGAAAAGCUAUCGUGUACCACAGAGAACCGAAGAAACGGUCAAGCACUUUGUAAAUCCGACAGGUUAGAAGGCACUUUUAAGAUGUAUAAGCAUGGAGAAGCGACUGCCAUCUCCAGAAAGAGGGAUGAGGAGGAAGUUGCGGCUCAGUUGGUGCAACUUGCUUUUAUGAUUGAAUCAAGGCAGACGCAAGUCUCCGAAAACAGUCCUCCAAAUGGCAUGGCAACUCAGAGCAUGAAAUACAAUCAAAAUUGUUUGGGGCAGCACUUGAAAAAGCAGAGGAAACCAAAAAUGACACCAUCAAAACCUAGGAUGUCCAAAAAGAAAGUUGCUGAGAUUGAUGGCAACCAUUGUAGGAUUCCUUUGGCCAAGAAGACACCCAAUAGAAAAACCCCUCUCAAAGCCACCAUUCAGAAAGCCAUUUCACAAAAUAAAAUGAGGUUCCAGCACAAAAGAAGUCCAUUUCUUCCCCAGGCGCAGAUAGACCUGAAAAAAUACAUUGCAGAGGCUCAACAUGAGAACAGGCAGCUUUUAUACUACAACAACACUCUGAAGAAGGAGCACUUGGAAACAUUCAUUGGUUCUGGUAAGCAGAACGGCUUUCACUUUAAAUGUGAGCAUGGAGCUCAUUCUUUGCCACCACAAAAUGGACACUUUCACAAUCAUACAAAUGACCAUCUAGGUGCUAGCCAGUGCCCAAGGCAUGAAUGUGAACAAAAGGUUUCUCAGGUAUCAAAAACCUACGAUGUGCUAAAUCAUGGUGCUACACAACAACCUCAGCAAACCAUGGCCAGUGACUUGCAACAAAGACCAGAGAUGUACCAUAAAGCCAAUGGCGUUAAUGGUCAUCAACACUUGCACACAAAUCAGAAUGGAUUUUACAAAGUGGAGAACUCUGGAGGUGUUACGGUGUUGUCUACAUCCAGUGUACGUUCAGAGAAUGGAGACAUGGUGUACGCUGGAGAACAGACUCCCACCAAGCACACGAUCAACAGCUUUUUGGAGUCUCCAAUGAGGUUUUUGGAUACCCCAACCAGGAAUCUCAUCAACACCCCCUCCAAACAAUCAAUGGAGAUGCCCUCCUGUGACUGCGUGGAACAUAUUAUCGAGAAAGAGGAGGGUCCGUAUUACACUCACCUUGGAUCUGGCCCGAAUGUAGCAGCAGUGAGAGAGAUGAUGGAGACCAGAUAUGGUGAGAAAGGUAAUGCAGUCCGGUUGGAGGUCGUAGUGUACACUGGCAAAGAGGGUCGAAGCUCACAGGGUUGUCCAAUCGCCAAGUGGAUCAUACGUCGAGGCAGUGAGCAGGAGAAGUUGCUGUGUCUCGUGCGGCAGCGUGCUGGUCACUGCUGUCAGAACGCAGUAAUAGUCAUCCUCAUCCUGGCCUGGGAGGGGAUCCCACGCAGCGUGGCUGACAGGCUGUACCAGGAGCUCACGCAGACGCUCUGCAAAUAUGGCUCGCCCACUAGCCGCCGCUGUGCCCUCAAUGAGGAUCGUACCUGUGCAUGUCAGGGUCUGGACCCGGAGACCUGCGGUGCCUCUUUCUCAUUCGGUUGCUCCUGGAGUAUGUACUUCAAUGGUUGCAAGUUUGCACGCAGCAAAACACCCCGCAAGUUCAGACUGCAGGGAGACUCUCCUAUGGAGGAGGGGAGGCUGGAAACAAACCUGCAGAAUCUGGCAUCAGAUUUGGCACCAGUGUACAAAAGACUCGCACCUAAGGCCUUCAACAACCAAGUGGAGGAGGAGCAGCGAGGGCAGGACUGUCGUCUGGGCUGUAGGGAAGGUCGACCUUUCUCUGGUGUGACAGCAUGUGUGGAUUUCUGUGCUCAUGCCCACAAAGACACGCAUAACAUGACCAAUGGAAGCACUGUGGUAUGCACUUUAACCAAGGAAGAUAACCGCGCAGUGCGCAACAUUCCAGAGGAUGAGCAGCUGCACGUCCUGCCGCUCUAUAAGAUCUCUGGCACUGAUGAGUUCGGCAAAGUGGAGGGCCAGUGGGCCAAGAUAAAAACUGGGGCUCUGCAGGUCCUCUCUGCUUUCCCAAGAGAAGUGCGGCUGCUGGCUGAGCCCGUCAAGUCAGCACACAAGAGGAGGCUGGAGGCCAAAAGAGCCCAUGUUGAGAAACUCAACGGCCUGGGCAGUAAGCAGGUCACCCCUGUGAAAAUGAAGAACGAGUCUCUUAAAGGUUUCAAACAAACCUCCACUGAGAAUUCCUCCUUUUCGGAAAAGAAUACGACUAAUUUAAGUUCAACCAUGCGCGUUCAUGAUAUCGGAGGGCAAUAUUCACCCUUGCACUCUAGAGGCUCGUACAACCAGACUAACACCUGCCGCACACCUCCUGAGGACUCCGGCUUUAGCACAUCCACACCCCCAAAGUUCCCUGAUGAUCCCUCUGGAGGAACCCCCCACUUCAAUGGUUCUCCUCCUUUUAGACAUGGAACUAUCAAACAGGAACCAUUCAGAAAUGACCAUGUAAGGACGAAUCCAAAAUUCAAAUCCGAGCCUGAGGAAAUGCGGUGCUUCCAAGGAGGAGCUGCUUCCACCCCACUGUCCCCGCCAAUGGCCGAGGGUCUCCACAGCCGCUUGAACAUUACGGCACAACCGGUCACCCCAGAGGUGGCCAAAGCAGAGGAAGUGUGGUCAGAUAGCGAGCACAAUUUCCUUGACGAAAACAUCGGCGGGGUCGCAGUGGCGCCUUCCCAUGGUUCCAUCCUGAUCGAAUGUGCUCGACGGGAGCUGCACGCAACCACACCCAUCCUUCGGCCUGACCGCACACACCCCACCCGAAUCUCUUUGGUGUUCUACCAGCACAAGAGCCUGAACACCCCAGGUCACGGCCUACAGCAGUGGGAGGCCAAAAUGGCAGAGAAGGCCAGGGAGAAAGAGCAAGCAGAGCGCUUAGGACUCAACAAUCAGUCAAAGCCGGUGGAAUCGGACACAGACAGCGAAAACGAGACUUGUUUAGACGAGAGACACAAGUUUCAGGUCCCUACCCGUCAGUCGCUAACAGUUUCACGUGACGGCCUGGUCAUGUCAGCUCCUUACGCCCUCACACACGUCACAGGGCCUUACAACCGCUGGACGUGAAGUUCCCCGUGCUUGUCUAGCUAAUGCCUUACCUCAGCUAGUUCUCAUCCUUUCACGCCCAUUUUUACGUGUGCCCUUUUUAAGUUGUGCUCUUCAUCUCAGCUUUUUACGACUACCGUUUGUGGGUUUUUAACUGUGAGUUUUUGGUGCGUUGUUUGUGUUUUUUAUUGUAAAGAGAUGGUGCUCAGAACAGAUGUUAUAAAACUGGUUUUAUACAUAUAGAUGAAAAUUAGUGCAUAGAACAUGUGAUUAUUUAUUCUGAUCUUUUUUUUUUUUCAAAACUAUUUUGUAAUUUAAUUUCUGAUCCAAGCCUGUUUACUGCAAUAGGAGUUCGUCAUCCUUUAAAAUGAUGCGUGUAGUAAACACUCCGAAUUGACAUUGUCAAAUGUGAAUUCUACGUCUUCGUCUCAGCCUUCGGCACUCUAUUGUCCGACACAUGCUAGUUGCUAUUUUAUGGUGCCAUUGUAGCAGUAAAGUUAAAUGACCAAUAUGAAACAAGCAUGGGUCAUUACCAGAACUUGUUGUAUUGGUAAUGAAGGUGCAUCGUGAGACAUAGUCCUUGGCAUCUUUUUUAAAAGCACUUUGUAUCUUCAGACCAACUUGACCAUUGACGCUUCCAAUAUGCACGUAUGUUUUUUUCUUGAUCAUGUAUGAACAUGCGUUUGGUAUCGACAGUCGUUAUUAUGAAGCGUUGCAUACUUUAGCAAUAAUCAUGAAAGGUUUUAUGCUGCAUUUUGACAAUUUGUCCAAACUAGUUCAUUUCCGGCACUUAUGUAUUAAGUUCAAAUUAUUAGUUCAAAUUUAUUUUCCUAUUUUUUUUAUCUCCCAAGGAGGUUAAAACAUAACUUGAAAAACCUGAGUCGUUUUAUACACUUCAAGCAUGUCACGUUCAAACUAAUUUACUGUAUGUUUUUCACUGGUGCUUUUAAAGUAAUCCAUGACACCAACUGAGAUGUCAUUUAAGAUGUUUUUAUUGCUGCAUUUUUAUGUUAAGGGAGUGUUUACACAACACUUUUUAUUAAUAAUGGAACACGCUUUUAAAAAAAUGGUUUUAUUUGGUCUUUCAUUUUAUGUUUUGGAAGCCUGAAACUGCAAAUUUUUAAAAGCAUUUCAAAUUUAUCAUCUACAAAAACUACUUGCAAAUUGUAUUGUAAUGACAUGCAUGCAGAUUAUAUAUUCAGUCUAUAGGCAUGUGCAAGUACUUGACCAAAGCAACGAUAGUAAGUGCACAAAUGAAUAGUGAUGCCAUCUACUGGCCUGCAAUCCUAUCUGAUUGACGUUGUACCCCAAUGUCGUGGUGACGUUGCAAUUUGUUUGGAAAUGAAAAUCAGGAUUACGUCAGAACCCAACGUCAGGCCGACAUCAGUGUCCAACCUAAAAUCAACCAAAUAUCAAUAGCUACGUUUCCAUCCACUUAUCUUUAUGCGCAUUUGAUGAUGGAAAUGCCACGAUGCACAUAAAUCUUGAAAAUGCGCAUAAAAAAUGUGCGCAUAACUGAGUAGCAUAAACUUUUUAUUCGAUAAGAAAAGAUCUGCAUAAACUACGAUGGAAACACUUACCGAACAAAUUCCAGUAUGCGCAUUAAAAAAGUCAUGUGAUUUUGUUAUAAAAGAUCAUGUGAUGAUAAAAAUGUGUGUGAAUGGACAAACCAGCAGGCUGAGCACAUUGUAAAAAAUCUGAAAUGUUGUUUUGGUCAUUCUAAAACGCCUUAACCGUUUCAGAAUUAGUGCUAUUAUAUUAUUAACUACGUCAAGAACUGUCAAAAGCACCUGUUCUCAGUGCUUCAAAUGCCACCACGCAUUAUUUGCGCAUCGGCAUCGUCUUCUGAGGCUUCAAGUAAUUUAUUAAAUAAGAAAAAGAUUCACACAGCUUCUCCCCCCGCAGCAAAUUCCGUUUUUAACUGUUAAUAUUUGGCGCCAGUUAAUCAGCAAGUGAUGAUUUGGUUCUCUUUGACAUGUUGGAAGGAAACGCUGCUUUAUUCGCACGUCUUUUAUGCAAUAAUCCAGUUUUGCGCAAAAAGUUAAUUCGCAUUUUUGCAUGGAAACCUAGCUAAUGUCUAAUGAUGUUACAACUUAACAUUGUGUGGAUGUUACCGCUUUGACGUCUAUCAGACGUUGUAUGUUGCCAUACCUGACGAAUAAAUGUCAGUAUUUGAUAUCAAUAUGAUGUGAUUUUAACCUAAAAUCAACCAAAUAUCAACAUCAUUUGAUGUCAUUAUUGGACGUCAAAAUAACAUUGUCCUUAGACGUUGGCUAGACAUUGAAUUUUGGUCACCUGACAUCACAACCUAAAUCUAACCUAAUAUUAACGUCUUAUGAUGUUGUGUGCCUGCUGGGAUGCAUGUUACAGCAUUUUUUCCUGUAAUUUUUGUAACUUUUUGCAAAUUUUUGUAAACAGGGAUCAUUUUAACAAUGUUAACUAUACACAAAACAUUUAAAAAACACAAUUUUUGUGCAUUGAUGUUGUGUAAACAUACCCUAAAUUAUUAUUAUUUUUUUAUGCAGGGAUAGGGUGGAUUAGAGUCAGCAUUUUUAUAUACAUAAACGUUCAGUUUUAUUUUGGUGCUUUGAAUUAACACAAAAAAAUUAACAACUAAAGGUGUGGUCACAUUAGCCAUAUUUGCCGAUUGCCAGUGUAAACAUUUCCAGCAAUCUAUUAAACAUUCCUCACGCAGAAUCAGCUAUUUGUUUGUCUGCAGGGAAUUAGCAUGACAAAAUAUCCAUGCAGAAAUCUUAAGCUAAUGACACAUGGAUUACUAUUCAAAUAUUCUUGGAAAUUUGAGCAAAGGUAAAUGUGACCACACCCUAAAGGUGCGCUAAGCUAAAUCUAAAAAAACACCUUUGACCCCAAAACACACUUUCAGCCAAUUAACAGUAAGGGGUGUGUCUUGCAACCCAAAAGGUGGGGUGCUUUGUUGGGUCAUGGACAUGCCAUGUUUGUUUUGGUGCUUUCAAAUAUCGACAUCAUUGGCAACAUUCACUUAGUGCGCCAUUAACGAUUUCAUAAUCACAUAUACAGUACAUCCAGAGGCCUAGUCAACUUAUUGGCUAAAACAGUUUACAUUACUCUUGCAUGAGGUCUAAAAGUGAAAAUGCGGCUACGAAAUGUCUUUUUAAUUUCCUCAAGGUGCUAACUAGUGUACAUCAGUGUUCAAAACCAUUGUACACCCAAAAUGCUAUUCCUACUUCAGCACUUGAAACAACAUAUUUUCAUGUCGAUCUUACACGUUAGCUCUAAAAGUGAGUUUUAACUAGUGCUCUAGCUGCAACAAGGAUAGACAAGUCUGUGUUUUGGAGAACUUGAAGUCACAGAGUGGCAUGGGUAUGUUCACGCUACUGUCUCUUCAAUGAAAUCUAUUUUUCUGAACAUUGUUGUUUUUAUUGUAAAACUCCAUAACAUGUAACAGACAGAAAAUUUACUGUAACCCUGGCUUUUCAGGGAAUGUCGGUGCUCAUUUAUUGUACAAGAUUCCCUGGCAUUGACAAAUCACUUUUUAGGUGCUGCACUAGUUGGAUCUUUCAUUUAUUUGGGGGUGCUAAAUGUUUUACUCAGCUUGAACAUCAUUAGAUCCUGCUAUAUUGUUUGUGCUUUGAUUUUAUGGGGCACAAGUGAUAUCAUGACCUCACAAGUCUCCUGAUGGUAAUCGACUGAACUUCAAAUAGCCUUUAUUACCAAUGCAAAAUGGUUGAAAGCUCACUGAGUUUAUGCAUUUCCUAAUUGUUUUCAGUGCACUAGGUUGGUUAUUGCUGUUCAUUUUUGUACGUGAAUCGGUUGUACUGUAAAAUCUGACCGCUUUUAGAUUUGAGUUGAACGUGGCCUGGUUCAUAGAAACAUGUUUCAGAAAGAGAUGCAUUUUGUUACAUUCCUUUUUAAACUCAACUCAUUGACAAUAGAUGUCUCUCGCAUGUUUUUCUUCCUGUUUUGCUGUAUUAUUUUCCUUCUUUUCUCAGGUUUCCGGUGUAACGUUGGACAUAAGCUUUUAGAAUUCUUGCAUUGUCUUCCAAUUGUAUCCCUCAGAAUUUUAUUUUCUUUGGUUUAUGUUUUGUGAAUUGGAAAAGUGGUUCCCCUUCAAACAUCUUCAUGUAUAUUAUCAGUUGGACAGUUCUCUUCUGUAUAUGUUGAGUGAAAGCUGAAGUGUGUAAUUUUCGUAAAUAAUGGCUGUUUUCAAACAGGUUUCCUUACAGUACACUAUAAAAAAAAUCUCGGUUAAUGUCUGCUCUCUAAAAAUUUACAGUAACUCACUGGUUUCCAGUAAGACUAUAAAUAAGUACAGUUGUGCUGUAUUUUUUAACAUCACAAUUGUUAUUAUUAGGGGUGUGACAAGAUCUCAUAUGAUGAGAUCUCGUGAGAUUAAAUCGCGACAGGAAUUCUGUUAAAAGUUGUCUCUUUUUGUUCCAUGCUGUGGCAUAGAACUUCAAAUAUGCUUGAAGUCAUAAUCGUCGUAAACACAAAUGAAAUAAAGACACAAUUAAAUUAAUUCCUAUUUUAGUCGAAUUAUUGAAGUGCAGUACAGACAUGAAAACACCGCAAUCAAACUACCGUCGUGUAGGACGUUUAGCCGCAUUUUGUGACAGGAUAAGCCAUACACACACAGCUGUUUGACACUAUUCUCUGCACCUACUGAGUGAGCAAAGAACCACAGACACACACUCACACACACACACUGAACACUUAGAGACUUGAGAAACCCGCCUUCAUCAUCACAGAACACACGUUUGUGCUGUCCGGGAAAAACUUAAUUUUUUUUUCUUUUGUGUUCGGUAUCAAAUUACAUUAAACAACUCUCUCCUAUCAGUCCUUACUUCAUAUUCACAUGAUCACAUCCAGUAGCUCAGAGUGAGUCAUGAGAGCAUGAAUGAAAUGUUGCUGGAUGAAUAUGAAACUGAUUUAUUAAAUUGAAAAUGAAAUACUAAAAAAAUUACGUUCAUUUUUUUUAAGUUCAAUUUGUGGAAAGGAGUUCAAUUUCUCAUGUGAAACUGUACAGUGGAGAAGCCAGUCAGUAGAGUUUAUAACUAAAUAUAGUGUUUGCAUGUCCUUUAUGGCAUAGAAUUCAUUAUAAUAGAAAUAAA